AUGGAUGGAUGGAUGGAUGGAUGGAUGAAAGGGGCGUACGUACCUCUCGCCGCUACAGAACUCGUAGAGCCUUCCCUUGGCGGAGAAGAUGAUGAGGCCCACCUCCACGCUGCAGAGCACAGAGAGCUCGCGAGCCUUCUUGAUGAGGCCGCUCCUUCGCUUGGAGAAGGUCACUUGACGCCGGAUCUUGUCAUCGAUUCGCUUCAGUUGCACCUUCCCUCGUCCCAUUGUCGCUUAAUUUCUGUUUCUGUCUCUGUGUCUGUUCUGAGUCUGUGUGAAUGUGAGAAUAGGAAAAAACGAGUAGUUGAUGACGAAAACCCUAACCCUAAGGUUUCUGUGGGAAGCAAAUCGAAAGAGAAACGAAAAGAAAACAAAAAGGGGGGUUUUAAAUUGGAAGCAGAAUCGUCACCGUCUUCUCACCCCAGCACAGCACUACUACUACUACUGAUAGCUCAGUCAAUGAGGAGAGAGGGGGAGAGAGGGAGAGAGAGGAUGAGAGAGGAAGGAGAGGAGAUGGAGAGAGAGAGAGGGAGGGAGGAUGGAUAUAAACCAUUACCAUUUACGUAA